UUAAAACUGAUCUACCGGAUGUUUGUGUUGACUGUAUUGUGAAGUGUAGUAUUCUGGAUUUAAAUAUUUAAUGUUUAAAUUGGACUGUCAAGUUGUGAUAGACUAUUAUAUGAAUGAAACUUUAAAAUAUAUAUUUUUCUAUAGGCUGUGGUUGUGAUGUCAUUAGUUCAAUUAUUAUAUUUUUGGUCGUGUUCAAACACCCUAUCUUUUUAAAAUUUGAUACUUGAUAAGUCACAUUAAAAGCUAUAGUUUUAACUAUUGUCUAUUACCUAUUGGUUGUUAGUUUUUCUCGAUAAUUGUUGUAUUCUUAUUCAUAAUAAUUUUAUUAAUAACUUACAAAUGGACCAAGAAAAUCAGGGUGUUAUUUAUAUCGAAAAUUGGAAUGACUUAUGUCGAUUGUGUCUACGCAAUGAACAAUCAUUGCAAAAUCUGUUCUUUGAAGAAACUCUUUUGGAAAAUAUUCAAGAAGUCACAAAUCUUCAUUUUAAUGUUGAGGAUUCUUUACCUAAUUCUAUAUGCAAAAUAUGCAUCGAACAAGUUAAUUCAUUUGUUGAAUUUCGAGUACGAUGUAAAGCUACUGAUGAAUGGCUACGAAAUGAAGCUGUAAUUUUGGAUAAUGAUAACAAGGAUUCUAUAAUAGUUGAUUCAGAAGAAAUUAAUAAUAAAGAUUUAUUAUUAGUGGAACCAAAUCAAUACGAAGAGCAGUUAAUUGAUGAUCCAGAACCUGUUGAUAAUAAGCAAAUAGUUGAAAAUGAAAUUGAGUUAUCUCAUUGCAUUGUUCAAACAGAAGAGGUAAUGCAAAUGUCGGUUAACGAAGAAGAGACAUUAGAAACAAAUACUAGUGAUCAUCAAUGUGCAAUUUGUGGUAAAGAGUUGUUGUCUGCAUAUACACUUGCAAACCACAUGCGAUCCCACACAGGAGAGCGUCCAUAUGGAUGCAGUGUAUGUGAAAAGUUCUUCAAGACUAAAUCCAAUUUAAAUGAACAUUACCGAGUUCACAAUCCGGAACUGCGUUGGAUGAAGACGUCGAGCAGAGACAUCCCAUCCAUAACCCGAGUGACGGUCACGUCCGAAGAUAUUCUGACGUGCGGUCAGUGUUCUAAGGUGUUCGUAUCACUGGACGAAUUAUCUACUCACGAACGAGAGCACGACGAUCAGCAGGAACAGCCGGAACAGGUGACGCAGACAGUCGAGGCGACAAUUUCACAGGCGGCAGUGACGUCUGCGUCUGCGAUGACGACGUUCACUUGUGAACAGUGCAACAAAAACUUCACGUCGAAGUCACAACUGUCCGCGCACAUCGGCAACAACUGUUCGGAAGGCGCUGACCGGCAGUGUCCGUACUGCGGCAAGCAGUUUCGGUCGGUGGCCACGCUGGAGAACCACAAGCGGGUGCACACCAGGGAAAAACCGUUCACGUGCGAGCUGUGCGGCAAGGCAUUCCGCACCAAAGGCAAUCUGCUGGAGCACAAGCGCGUGCACAACAACAGCCUGUGCCUGAUCAAGAGCGACGCGAAGAUGACCGACCGCGACGCCGGUGCGGGCGGCUGCGACCAGCGGUUCCAGUGCACAUACUGUUCGAAACCGUUCCGGACGUACACGGCGCUGUUGAAUCACGAGCGCGUGCACACCCGCGAAAAGCCGUUCGAGUGUUCUGUGUGCGGCAAGUGUUUCCGAACCAAAUCCAACCUGACGGAGCACAUGAAGGGCUGCCACGACAUGGACUCGUCGGCCUGCGGUUCGGACGAAGUCCAAGUGUUCACGUUCAAGACCCAAACGGUGGCUGCCGCCGAGCUGGAGUCCACGUAACGUUGCGCGUUCGUCGAGAGGCAGCUGUCGUAACGAUGAUUUAUAUAAUCACAUUCAUAUUUCAUGCAUUUAUACAUACAUACAUUUAUACAUUUAAAGGACAGGAACUUUGUUUUUACAAGCAUUUAUACAAAACGAUAAUAAUGUUAUUUUGAUAUAUAUAUAUAUAUUUAAUAAUAUAGUUUACACG